AUGGCGCUGCGAACGCUCGACCUCAACGCGCCGCCGCUCCUCCAUAUUCUGCGCUCGCUAUGCCUCCUCGUCCUCGCCGCGUCGGCGGCGGUGUCGGGGCGCCACCACGCGCCCUCCCCGGCGCACGGCACCGGGCAGAGCAUGUACCUGGCGCCGGCCUGCCGGGCGCACACGGCGUCGCUCGCGGACUUCGGCGGCGUCGGCGACGGCACCACCUCCAACACCGCGGCGUUCCGCUCCGCGGUGGACCACCUGUCGCAGUACUCCGGCGAGGACGGCGGCGGCGCCAUGCUGUACGUGCCCGCCGGGAAGUGGCUCACGGGGCCAUUCAACCUCACCAGCCACUUCACCCUCUUCCUCCACAGCGACGCCGUCAUCCUCGCCUCCCAGGACAUAAACGAAUGGCCGAUCAUUGAUCCCCUGCCUUCGUAUGGAAGAGGGAGGGACAAAAUUGGAGGAAGAUUCGCUAGCCUCAUCGGUGGAUCAAACCUGACCGAUGUAGUCAUUACUGGUAACAACGGCACAAUCGAUGGACAGGGUGCGAUGUGGUGGUCGAAAUUCCACAAGAACCAGCUCAAGUACACGCGCGGGUACCUGAUCGAGCUGAUGCACUCGGACACCAUCUACAUCUCCAACCUGACGCUGCUCAACUCGCCGGCGUGGAACAUCCAUCCGGUCUACAGCAGCAACAUCGUGGUGCAAGGCAUCACCAUCCUGGCGCCGACGAACUCGCCCAACACUGACGGCAUCAACCCUGACUCUUGCUCGCACGUCCGGAUCGAGGACUGCUACAUCGUGUCCGGCGACGACUGCGUGGCGAUCAAGAGCGGUUGGGACGAGUACGGCAUCUCGUACGGGAUGCCGAGCCAGCACAUCGUGAUCCGUCGCCUGACGUGCGUGUCCCCGACGAGCGCGGUGAUCGCGCUGGGCAGCGAGAUGUCGGGCGGCAUCCAGGACGUGCGCGCGGAGGACAUCACGGCGAUCAACUCCGAGUCCGGCGUGCGCAUCAAGACCGCCGUGGGCCGUGGCGCGUACGUGAAGGACGUGUUCGUGCGGCGGAUGACGCUCACCACCAUGAAGUGGGUGUUCUGGAUGACGGGCAACUACAAUUCCCACCCGGACGACAAGUACGACCCCAACGCCAUCCCCGUGGUGGACAACAUCAGCUACCAGGACGUGGUGGCCACGGGGGUGUACAAGGAGGCGGCGCGGCUCGAGGGCAUCCAGGGCGCGCCGUUCCGGGGCAUCUGCGUCGCCAACGUCACCGCCGAGCUGUCCAAGUCCAGGAAGUACCCCUGGACGUGCGCCGACGUCGAGGGCGUGUCGGUUAACGUCAGCCCCGCGCCGUGCGAGCCGCUCCAGGGCGCGCACGACGGCGCCUGCCCGUUCCCGACCGACACGCUGCCCAUCGACCAGGUCACCGUGCAGCAGUGCGCCUACGACGUCCCCGGCGGCGGCAACUAG